AUGGUCUCGCCAGUCGCGGCAGAGCGAGGCGCAGCGAAUCAAACAUGGCAGUCACUUCGUGAGUCAGUAGUGCCGGCGGCCACAGAAACCAAGUCCGUGGCUGACUCCAAGUCGGCAAUCUCGAGGGUCGACUCGUGGGUCGACGACCACCUGCUGGUGCCACCUCCCCCAGCCGAGCCCGAUAAGAGCGACGGCGACUUCGGCGACGUCGCAGAUGGUGUCGCCGACGGCGGUGUUCCCGCGGACCCGCUCACGCGAAAGGUCGCAGCGUUGGAGGUGGAGAACUGCGAGAUGACCGGGCGAGUCGCUGGGCUGGAGGCGAUGCUUCGCGAAAAGGAGCAGGAGUCGCACGAGCUGCGUCGUCAGCUGCUGGCGAUCACUCGCGCGCUGGAGGAGGGCAGCCACGCCGACACGCUGUCGCGCGCGGAGCUCCUCAACCAGGUGCUCAGCCUAGCCAAUCAGGUGAAAGAACUUUCCUACGAACGCGCGGCGCUGCUCAGCGCGCCUGGCGGCGUGGCAUUUAACUACGGCCUGGGGGGCGGGUCCAAGAAGUCCGUCGCUUCCGAAAAGGCCCCCGAAGAACAUCCCGUCGGAGAAUUUGCAGGUGUCGAGGAAGGAAGUUCUGCAGAUAUUGAGGACAAGCCGGAUGAGCCAGCAGCAGCGGAUGCUGCGCGGGUGUCGAGCUACCGCCCUCCGCCGGCAGAGGCUCUGGUACCCGCGUCUGCUGCGGAAGAAGAGGAUCAUGGCACGGAGCCGCUGUCCUCGGCGCCGUCAAUGGCGCCGUCGAUGACGCCUUCGCGGCCGGGCACGUCUCUCUCGUCGCGAUCGCAGCAGCUCAUUCCGCGAUCGUACACCAUGCCUGUCCUCGCCCCGUCGGGACCGUCGUCCCAAUCACGCCUGUCGGCGCUCCCCAUGUCAAUAGUACCGUACGAUCCUGCUACUGCCGCCGAGAGCAUGGCAAAUGUAACGGCGCCGAUUGCAGGGGCUAUUGUUCCGUACCAGCCGCCGGACGGUAGUCUAGUGGCAGGGGAAGGGGAAGGCUCGGAAAGCGCAGUUGUAACGUACAUGCCCCCAACGGGCCCCAGCGUUCGAUCCAAUCCGUUUGACCGGCCGAACACGUACGAGAUGAACCGCCCGCAGGCAUCGGGGCCGAGCGCGAAGCCGAGUCGCGUGCAGAGCUUCGUGCCGUCGACUGUCCCUGAAACGGCAGCUGAAGGAGCCACGUCCGGCCUCGGCGCAAUGCGCGGGGCGAUUGCGACGCUGAUUCGUUGCGGGACGCGUCCAGAGGUCCGCGAGAUUCAGAUUCGGCACCUGGAGAAGCUGAACCGGUCCAAGCGGGUGACCCCAGAGGAUAUCUUCGCUGCUAUUCAGUCGAGAUGCCUCACCAUUCUGGCGCAGGUGGAACCUCCUUCAGGAUUUAACAUUCUGGGCGUGAAGGUCAAGAUUCCCCGCAAACUCACCUCCUUCUCUUCCUCCAUCUCCCUCACCUCUACCUCCUCCGCCUCUACCACUCCUUCCAACAUCCGGGUCACCGACUCUGAAGCCAAGUUCCUCACCAGCCCCUCGGUAGAACUCGUGGCAUUCCUGUUUGCUGCCGUUGUCACGCACGCAUGGGCGCCGAUUGAGUGUUUUCCGGCCAUAAUGGAGCAGAUGGGCAACAUGUAUGUGCGGCGGCUGCUCAUUGUUGAUUUCCUGGAUGCUGCCUUCAAGCGCGUGGGUCGCCUGGGAGUGGAUGCCCUGGUGCAAGAUCUACGGGGAAUAGACAGGCUGCUGGGAGUGAAGGAGGAGAGGCUGCCUUCAGUCAAGGAGCUUAGCAACUGCAAGGUUCUAGUCAUGAUUCAUAGCAAGGCUGGCCUCCAGUGGAAGAAAAAAUGGGUUUUUGGGAAGUAG